CCGCGGCGUGUUAAAAGUCCUCCGUCACCCAUUUGUAACAGACGCUCUCUCUCUCUCUCUCUCUCGAGAUUCUUCGUAUGCAGUCUUAUAUGUCCCAUGUCACGUAGGCUUAGCCAUGACCCUGUACAUGCCCUUGUUCAGGUCCUGCACCAUCUUAAGAACACUCACCCAACUCCAUGCCCACCUCGUAAUUUCAGGUCUCCACAGAGACCCACAAGCCUCUACCAAACUCAUCGAAUCUUAUGCCCAAAUGGGUUCCAUCCAAUCCUCAACCCGAGUUUUUGAAACCUUCCCAAAGCCAGAUGCUUUCAUGUGGGGUGUGCUUAUGAAGUGCCUUGUGUGGAAUCACUACUUUCAAGAAGCCAUUUCACUCUAUCACAAAAUGUUGCACCAUGUAACCAGCAUGAACAGGUUUAUAUUCCCUUCCAUUUUGAGAGCUUGUUCGGGAUAUGGUGAUCUGGGUGUUGGAGGGAAGGUCCAUGGGAGGAUAAUAAAAUGUGGGUUUGACUCUGAUGUGGUGAUUGAGACCUCAUUGCUUGGUUUGUAUGGAGAACUGCGUUGCUUAGAUAAUGCUCGGAAGGUGUUUUACGCAAUGCCAAUGAGAGAUGUGGUGUCGUGGAGUUCGAUUAUUUCGUGUUUAGUGGAGAAUGGAGAGGCAAGUGAAGGGCUUGAGAUGUUCCGUUGGAUGGUCUCCGAAGGUGUUGAAUCGGAUUCAGUCACAAUGCUUGGUGUAGCUGAGGCUUGUGGGGAGUUGGCAUGGUUGAGAGUAGCAAGGUCAGUACAUGGUCAUGUUGUCAGAAGGGGAAUUAAAAGUGAUGGGGCUUUAGAAAACUCUCUAAUUUCAAUGUACAGUAAAUGUGGUGACUUGCAGAGUGUGGAAAGGAUUUUUCGUAGGGUUACUCAUUGGCGCACUGCAUCUUGGACUGCAAUGAUCUCCUCCUACAAUCAAGCUGGUUAUUUUUCAGAAGCACUAGACGCUUUUGUUGAGAUGCAAGAGUCUAAAGUGGAACCCAAUUCAGUAACCUUGAUGAGUGUUCUGCGGUCUUGUAUUAGGUUAGACUUGCACAAAGAAGGGAGGUCUGUUCAUUGCUUUGCUAUUAGAAACGUUCUAGACCCUGACCUUGAUUUUUUAGGAUCCGCAUUAUUCGAAUUGUACUCUGAAAUUGGGGGACUAAGCUAUUGUCAGAAAGUUCUUAAUACAAUUGGAGAGAGAAAUGUGGUGUCAUGGAACACAAUUAUUUCAGGCUAUUGCCAGAAAGGCUUGUUGAGAGAGGCAUUGCUAAUCUUUGUGCAGAUGCAGACCCAAGGACUAAUGCCAGAUUCUUUCAGCAUGUCAAGUGCUCUCUCAGCUUGUGGAAAGGUGGGUUUACUAGAACUCGGGCAUCAGAUACAUGGUCAUAUAAUCAAAAGAGGCUAUUUGGAUGAGUUUGUCUUGAAUUCACUGAUUGAUAUGUACUCAAAAUGUGGGUUUGUAGAUUCAGCAUACAUGAUAUUUGAUAAGAUUCAACACCUUGGUGUCAUAACAUGGAAUUCAAUGAUUUCCGGAUUUUCUCAAAAUGGUGACCCUGUCAUGGCGAUUAGUCUUUUUGAUAAAAUGUUCUUGAACUGUCUCGAGAUUAAUGAAGUCGCCAUUUUAAGUGUCAUUCAAGCUUGCUCCGAAUUAGGUUAUCUAGAAAAGGGAAAAUGGGUUCACCACAAGCUCAUAACAUAUGGUUUGGGAAAAGAUCUCUAUAUUGAUACAGCUCUAACUGAUAUGUAUGCCAAAUGCGGAGACCUUCGGUCCGCUCAAGUAGUAUUUGACAUGAUGGAAGAAAGAAGUGUUGUGUCAUGGAGUGUCAUGAUUGCCGGGUACGGUAUGCAUGGCAAGAUUAAUGCUGCCAUAUCAAUCUUUACCCAAAUGCGGGAUACAGGAAUGCAACCAAAUGAGAUUACCUUCAUGAACAUUCUUUCAGCUUGCAGUCAUGCAGGAGCUGUCGAGAAAGGAAGGUUCUAUUUCAGAUCAAUGAGGGAUUUCGGCAUUGAGCCCAGCGCAGAACAUUUUGCUUGUAUAGUUGACCUUCUGAGUCGAGCUGGUGAUCUCACCGGAGCAUAUGAAAUCAUAAAAUCAAUGCCAUUCUCCGUAGAUGCCAGCAUAUGGGGCGCCCUUCUUAAUGGAUGUAGAAUCCACCAGAGGAUGGACAUGAUUAAAAGCAUUGAAACAGACCUUUUAGAUAUCAGCACAGAUGACAGUGGAUACUACACCUUAUUUUCUAACAUAUAUGCUGAAGGAGGGAACUGGGAUGAAUUUGGAAAUGUGAGAUUAAUGAUGAAAGGCAUCGGUCUGAGGAAGGUCCCUGGAUACAGUAUAAUUGAGCUGGAUAGGCAAGUUUACAGAUUUGGAGCUGGAGAUACCCCUCAUCCCCAAAUGAAGGAGAUUUACAGUUUUCUGGAGAAUUUUCAGAGUCUCACUCGCGAACUAGGGAUAACGUAGAAUUUGGUAUGUUCAAGUCUAGUAUAUUCUCUGUGGAAUUAUGUUCAGGUCCAUUUCCAGAAACAACACUUUAAUUUCCUAGAACACCUUGCUUGUGAGUGCUACUGGUUCAUGGUAUGUGUCUAAAAUCCCAGGCAGAUCACUAUGAGAGAUUUCAGCUAGUUGAAUCCUUCUACGAAAUUGAAUGGGAACCACAGUUGCUGGGGGAUCUUUGAGGUAGCUCUGGUUACUCCACUGGGGAAAUCAGACAGGUCUUACGUACAGUUCAUUAUAUUUUUGGAGCUCAACACCCACAAGGGUUGUAGUUUAUUGUGGCACAUGACAGCA